AUGGUAAAAGGAGUGACAUCUAUAGCUAAAACAGAUGAUAAUUUCAUAUGUGCAACUUUAGAUUGGUGGCCAGAAAAUAAGUGUGAUUAUAAUCAAUGUCCGUGGGGGAAAGCUGGUAUCCUUAAUCUGGAUUUGAAAAACAAGAUUCUUACAAACGCCGUUAAAGCAUUCAAUCCACUAAGAAUCAGAAUAGGAGGUUCACUACAAGAUCAAGUUUACUACAAAGUUGGAAAAUUCCCAAAGCAAUGCUCAAACUUUGAGAAAAAAUCAGAUGGCCUUUUUGGAUUUGCUGAAGGCUGUCUCCACAUGAAUAGAUGGGAUGAAUUGCAUGAUUUGUUUAACAAAACAGGGGCUGCAUUAACAUUUUCAUUGAAUGCCUUACUUGGAAGGAUACAAUCAGAUGAAGAUGAUACUCUUUGGGAAGGAGAUUGGAAUCAGUUUAAUGCAAAAUCAUUAAUGAAAUACACUAUUAGAAAAGGAUACAAGAUUGACUCAUAUGAAUUAGGUAAUGAGCUUUGUGCAGGAGGGGUUGCUGCAAAAAUAAAGGCUCAACAAUAUGGCAAAGAUGUCAAGAAAUUAAAGAAACUUAUAACACAUAUGUACCCUGACCCUGCUACUAGACCAAAAAUCUUGGCCCCUGGUGGAUUUUAUGAUGAAGAAUGGUUCAAAACCUUCCUUCAAACUACUGGUCCAGACGUCGUCGACGGAUUGACACAUCAUAUUUACAACCUUGGAGCAGGUGUUGAUCCAACUUUGAUUGACAAACUUCAGGAUCCAUUUUACCUUAGUCAAGUAGCUCAAACAUUUAAUGAUGUUUCAAAUACUGCUAAAUUGUUUUCACCAUCUUCUGGUCCUUGGGUUGGUGAAUCUGGUGGAGCUUAUAAUAGUGGUGGCAAAACCACUUCACAUACCUUUGUCAACGGCUUCUGGUAUUUGGAUCAACUCGGAAUGACAUCAACUUUCAACCAUAAGGUAUACUGCAGACAAUCCUUAAUUGGUGGAAACUAUGGUCUUCUCAACACUACAAGUUUCAUCCCAAAUCCAGAUUACUAUGGUGCUCUUUUGUGGCAUAAGCUCAUGGGAAAGAAUGUGCUUUCUGUUACUCAUGAGGGCUCGCCUUACUUGCGAACCUAUGCUCAUUGCUCAAAGACAAGUGGUGUUACAGUUCUACUGAUUAACAUGGACAAGUCGACAACAUUUGAAGUAUCUGUGGUAGAUGACUUGAACAUGUAUCCUAGUGGGAUUGAGCCUAUACAUCAAAGGGAAGAGUACCAUUUGACACCAAAAGAUGGCAACAUUCAGAGUGAUGUCUUGUUGCUAAAUGGCACUCCAUUGAAGCUUACUGCCUCAUUCGACAUCCCAGAAAUGAAUCCUCAGCUCGUUGAUCCAACGUUGCCUAUCUCCGUUGCUCCACGUUCUAUCGUCUUCGCCACCUUGAGAGGGUUCCAAGCUCCUGCUUGUGCAUAG